GGGCGCCGCGCGGCAUACGCGGAGCCAUCUUGCCAUCGGCCGUCGAAAAGACCGCGUCUCUGCGACAAAUCGCCAUUAAUUCGUAUUAAUUAACCACUAAAUACAAUAAAAACAAUUGGAAUAUUAGUGCUCAAAGUGUCGUGUACAGUGAUUGACUGUUUGCAAAUUGUUGACAUAACUGUGUUGUUGUUGUGUAUGUGUGCAUUCCUGCCUAGAUCUCGCAUUGGAUUGAUAAAAUGUGCUAAGUGCGGUGUAGUGUAGUGCAGUGAUAGAGCUGUGGCAGCAGUGUUCAGUGUGUGACACUAUGUGUGGAAAGGUGACGGUGACUAAGGCUGGAUGCUAGCGUCGGAAAAAGGCGUGGUAUGGAGAAGGAGAACGGGGAUGGCGAGGCAGCAGGCAAGGCGCCGCCGGACGGACUGCUAGACGCUGGACUGUUUGGAGCAUAUUGGGGCCGCGAUGGCGCCGGCGGCGGCGGGGCGGCUGCGCAGGCGCAGGCCCAGGCUCAAGCCCAGGCUGCGCUGUUCGGUUUCGGGGGGCGAUACCCUCCCCCCACCACGCUCGGGGUCGCGGCCAAUCAGGCGGCCUCGCUUGGGCUCCAUCCUGCUGCAAGUGCAGCGUGGUGGUCAAUGGCGUCCCACCUGGCUGCGCAGGAUUACCUGGCCCGGCUACAGGCCUCUGGGCUGAACUUCCCGCCGAUGGGCGACCCUUACUCGGCCUUGUCGGCUCUGUCCGCCGGUGCCCUGAAACAACCGCCGAAGCCGGGGAAACAACCUAGUAGGAAUGAAAGGUCAGGCCGCAGCAGCACAUCUUCCAGUACUUCCACCAAGGAUAAAAGCCCUUCCACCAGCUCAGCGCAGAAUAUGAGUGAGUGGGGAUCAUCAUACGGCUUCCCGAAGACAUCUUCCCCGUCCAGCAUGCAUUCCCAGUCGCUAUCUACACUGGCAUCCCUCAACAGCUUAGUGUCAGCCCCGCACCAGUCAAAGUCUGCUAAGCAGCAACCACUACCUUCUCAGAACCGAAAGUCAUCAUCAUCGUCAUCAGCCGCGGGCGCGGGCUCCAAGAGCAAGGAGCGCGAGCUGGCGCUGCUGCGCGGGGACCUCAUGCUGGCGCAGGCGGCCGCGCACGGCGCCUACCACGCCGCCGUGGCCGCCGCCAAGGGGAAGAACAUGUCGCCCUUAUACCCGUUCGGGAUGCCCGGCUCGGAGAAAGACCGUCACGCCGGCAUCGACUCUCUGACGGGACUGCCGCAUACUAUUCUCAGUGACCCCGCGUCAGUGCUGGGCGGAGUUCGGCUACCGCCGGACACUGAGAUCAUCAAGUACACGUCAUCUUUGGCGGGGCCCAAGGCGCCGCCCGGGAGCACCACGCGCGGCCGCAAGAAGACCAUCUCGCUGGACCCGCCGCACGUGUCCGUGCACCCCGCCGACGCCGCCCUGCCCUCCAAGCGGCAGAGAGUGGAGGACCCGUCCCGGUCGUCAGUGGAAGUGAUCCGGCUACCUUCUAGAGACAGGUCGCAUUCGCUGUCCACGUCGCCUAACCUCGCGGAUUAUGCAGGCAUAUCCCGCGAAUUGCUUCAAACAAUCGCUAGUCAGAGUGGAGUGAGCCUCGCCGCGCUCGAGCGGCAGCUAGCGGGCUCUACCGCCGCCGCAGAUGCCGGCUUAAAUCUAAGCACUAAAGCUAAUUCAAGUUCAGAAGACGCCCCAUUGGACCUCGGCACUAAAACGUCACAAGAUGAAGACGCCCCUCUCAAUCUAUCACUCAAACCUACGCCAGCGAGUUCACAAGCAUCAGAUGCGUUGUCCAGACUAACAUCACUAAGCAGUUCACUCAGCGCGUCAAACAACGACAGGAUAUCGCGUCGCAAGCCGGGCGCGAAGCCCCGUCGCGUUGCGCCGGAGUUGAACACGCAGGUGGCCGACUCGCCGAGGCCCAAGUCCAGUGGCAGCGAGGAUAGUGAAUCGGUUCCAGCGUGGCCGAAUCGUGAAGGCCGACCACGGAACCUGGGGCGCGGGGUCAGCAAGCCCAAGAAGAACACUGUGGCGUCUCUCCUUGCGCAGUCCAGAGCCCUAGGACUUCGCCCCGCGUUAGCACAGCAGUUACUUGGAGAAUGUGAUUUGGAGAAACUGAAGGCGUUACUCGGAGAAUCUGCCAGCACGGACUCGGAGUGCCCGUCUGACAGCCCCUCGGACUCGGACACCAGCGAGCCGCGGCUCACCGACGCUCAGCUGAGGCUGCCUCUCGCCUUAGGCUGGAAGCGAGUGACCGUCAUUAAGGGUCUCUCGAGGAACUGCAGCAUUCGCGGUGACGUGACGUACACCCCACCAGAGCAGUCCUCGCCGAAUCUCAAGAGCACACAGGAAGUGGUUGCGUACUUGGAAUCGAACCCGUGCCCGCCGCUGACGGCGGACAACUUCAAUUUCAAUUCUCGCACCGUACUGGGCGAGUACAUACAGCCGGCCAACGGAACGGAGUUGACAGAGCCUACUUUGUUCAACGAGGCUGAAAUCACUAAGAGACUGGAAGAAGCCCGAGCACUAGCCGCCCUGAGCGGCUCCCGUCCGACGCCGCCGCCCGUGGAUAGACGCAUAGAACUCGCUAGAAGACAACAGGCCGCGCGCGACGCUAGACGCGACCACUCGCAGCGGGCCCGCGACCAGGCCCGACUAGUGAGGGAGAUAGAACGAACGGAGAAGGCUGAAAUGGUCAAGCGUGAAAAGGAAGCGAGAAGCGCGCAAUUACUCGAGCACAUCAACAGGAGUAGAUCGCAGCUAACCAUCGAACCGGUUAAAACUGGGAAUGAGUGGAAAGUACCGGAUUUGGUGAUGGGCCCGGCCAAAACCAGUAAAGAGCGAAUUAUGCCGCCUAUUAGCUUAUCUUUGAUACCAGUUGGCAGCGCGAAAGACACGCAAAACUCGCCGAUCAAAACAAACUACGAGCAUUUCAAAGACGAAUACAACGCACUAGAUAAAAUGAAAGAUUUCGCUGAGAAAGCAGCUUUUGAUCUACCGAAAAACAAAGAUAAAUACUUAGACUUUUCUUUAUUGAAAAGCAAUAAUAAAACCAGACCGGAGAAAGAGAAUAAUCUGGAAAAACUGGUCGAAUCUUAUUCGAGGAUCACUGAGUUCAUAAACGGCUGUGAUUGGUCCAAAGACAAAAAGAGUGAGGACCCUAAAUCUUUGGAGCAGAAAUAUUUAGAUGCGAAAAACGAAUUUAUGUCGCAAAAUUUGAGUCUUAUGCCCAAAGAUAAUGCUAAAUCUGUGUUGAAAGACGUCAUAGAUUUAAGCGAAGACGAUGACAUACUGACAGAUAUAAUAACUAAAAAAAUUAAAGGAACUUUUAAUGUCGGGAAAGAUGGAGCGCUAUCAAUUUCGGUCCAUCCCCCCGCUAAGGAUGGUUCGGCUAAGAGGAAAAAGCAAGAGGAAGUAGAAAAGCAGAGGAUUGAGGAACACGCGAAGAGGCAACAGGAACGAGAAUUGAAGAGGCAACAAGCCAUGCUGCUUAAAGAACAGCAAAAGUACAUUACGGAGGAACGAGAAAGAAGAAGACAGCAUACGACGUUCAUCCGCCAAUUGGACUCCAGGCGGCGAUGGGAAGAAAGAGAGAGAAGAAAACACCAGAACCUUCUGGACCGACUGCUGGCUAAAGAGAAGAAGUUGCAGCAGAGGCGGAAAGAGAUGGAGUUACUUGCUGAACUCAGACGGCCACAAGAAGACUCCUCAUUGUCCGACCAGAAGCCGCUCCCGGCCCUGGAGCGCAUCCCCGGCCUCAAGUUGCCGGGGCAGGCCAUGGCGGACAUCCUGCAAGUGUUCGAGUUCAUACACAAUUUCAGUCAGACGCUAGGUUUCGAUGUUGACUCCAUCCCCACUCUGAACACGUUCCAAAUGGCAUUGUUACCGGAUUGCUGUCCCGAGGCCGAAGAGGAGCUGGUUCAAGUCUUGACGCAACUUCUCGUUUGUGCUAUCGAGGAUCCCGGUAUUCCCCACCCUGGGCGACAUACAACUCUACUAGGCCACGCUAUCCGCAUGGGCGAUAUUACUCCCGCCAAUUUGAGCGAAGUCCUGCGCAUAUACUUGUAUGCUAACGCCACGGGACAAGUGAAGGCUUUGACUGGUCUAACAGCAGAGAGAGAGCGAGAAAGAAGAGUGGCAGACCACCACCAGACGGAGGUGGAGAUGCAAUCCACGUGCGCGAGCAGCAAGAACGCGGCCUACUACGAGCAACUGCGGAGCAACCCCGUCUAUAGGCUCAGCGAAUCUCUUCGCGACAAGCCGUUCCUAGCAUUGAACGCGACUACCAAAGCCAAGAUAUUAGCUUUCCUGUGCGACGAGUUGCUACAAAAUAAAGCUGUUUUGAGGCAGAUAGACGGGUCUUUGGACCACCUCAACCAACUGAAGAAGGAAAGAUAUUUGAUGGACAUGAAGAUAAGAAAAGUCCGUGUAAUGCACCAGAGGAAACUCCGCGCGGAACAGACGGAGAAACAACAAGCUCUAGCAUUAGAGAGAAUGCAGCGGCUUGUUGAAGAGAGUGCGGCCAAUUUGAGGGGAUCACCACAUGAAGAAGACAUUCCACCUCAAGACAAAGAAACGCCCAAAAAAGAUACUCCAUCGCCACAAGGAGAAACAGAUGAGAAACCGCCUUCACCUUUCAAAGACCAGCCCGAAGAGAGCGACAAGGAACUAUCGCCCUUAAAGGAUCUCUCGAAUAGUAUGAAAAAUAAGAACAUGCUGAAUAACAAUAAGGACGAAUGUUCACCGGCGGAUAAUAAGUUGGAUAAAGAUAGUGUGAUGGGAGAUUGUGACGCGAUAUUGAGCGAUUUGGAAAGUGAAGGGACUCAGCCGGAAGAGGACGAAGACAAAAACCUAUCGUCAGAGGAGCUGGGGCGAAAACUGGAGAAGUUGCUGCGACAGUCGGAGCAACAGUUGCAGCAACUGACCGCCGGGUCGCAUUCCCUCAGGGCGACGUGUUACGGACAAGACAGAUACUGGCGGCGGUACUGGUCCCUGGGCAAGGCGGGCGGCAUCUUCGUGGAGGGCAUGGAGUCCGCGCAGCCCGAGAUCGUGGCGUACCACGAGAGCCUCGAGCACAGCGCCUUGCUGAAGGUGGAGAACGGGGGGAAGAAGAGGCAGGCACCUCGAGAGAGAAAAGACUCCCAAACGGAACCACAACAGGACUCGGACUCAGAAGCACAGAAGAAGGAAGCUUUGAAGAGCGAAAUGGAGCUUAAGAGUAUAAAAUCUGAGCUUAAUUUGAGCGAUCACACGCAGAUCAUCAAGUAUGAGCCUAACCACGGAAACUGCAAAAACGAAGGUUCAUCAAUAAAAAUGGAAGAGAAAUACAUCCAGCAGAAACAGAACAACGAAGAAGAGGACAUGCUUGACAUCGAAGACUCUAUACCCACCGCGUUCUUAGUCCAAAAACCCACCCACAAGCCCAUGUUCGCGACCCAGGCGGAGCCCGUGGACAAGCCGCAAGAGAUCGUCAAAGUCGAAAACGUAGUCAAAAACGAAGAAGAUAAAGAAGAAGAAGAAAACAAAGACCAACUAGUCAACAAUUUAGAAGAACUAAGGAAAUUAGCGGAAGCGGUUUCCUCACAGCUCGACGCGGCCAAAAAAGCCGAAGCUGAAAUUAAAGAAGAGAAAGACACUAAAGAAGUUAAAAAAGAAGUAAUGGAAACUGACGAGGCGCACAAUCAUUUGUACGCAAAAAUGAUUGAGGGCAAAUGGUUCUCUAUUCUGAGGCACGAAAGUUCAUUUUUGAGUAACAUCAAUGAUAAAAUAGAUAUACCCGAAUAUUGCGACAACGAACAUACUUGUUCGGAAGUAGUCGUAUGUCAAGGCCACAAAUGGGAUGUGUCCAACAAUCUGCACUUGUUGAACGACCCGAGUUUGUUCACUCUGAACAGUAUGGUGACGAGUGUACAAGUGCCCUCGAAUAGUGUGUAUCACGACUCGAGUUUGACGAUGUCUGGCUUGGACCAGGUUAUGAUGGACGCUAGCAUGAAUAGAGACGAGAAUCAGGAUGAGGAAGUUGGGGAAGAGACUAAGGAGCAGGAGCAAGAGAACGAUCUAGAGAAAGAACUGCAGGCGGACAUGUUGAAACACGACACGGCGCUGCAGAAGGCGAAGGCGGCCAGCCUCACCAGCCUCGGGCUGCUCAACUUCAACGCGCUGUCCACCUACGUCACGUGCGACAGCCCGCCGCCCAUCCCGAUGUCGCCCGAGGAACUCCAGCAGUUAGAGAAGUGCAAGUUGCAAGGUUUGCCCAGGAAAGUGGAGGGGAGCCACGUGGACAGGGAACAUCGGCACGGCUGGUGGCGUAUCACCCAGCCGGAAGAGGUGAAACAACUGAUGUCCGCGCUACACACCCGCGGCGUCCGCGAGAGGGAGCUACAUGCGGCACUUUCGCAACUACCCACUGUUAACAAUAAGAUUUACAUAGAGAAAGGCGACACGGCCAGCACGGAGCUGACGGUGUCGCACUUGGACCGCGCGGUCGCACAAAAUGGCGGCUUCCCGCGGCCCGACUCGCCCAACUCUUAUUCUGCCAGUGCGGCGCAACGCGCUGAUAUGCAGCUUUUGAAGACUGUGGAGCAACUAGAAGAGCGGGUAUUCGACGCGUGGAUGCAAGUGAAAGGCUGGCGUCCACAACGCAACGCUCCCGAAGACGGCCGCUCCAUAGUGUCGCGGGCGAAGCAGAAGCUCGCUGCGCUAGAAGCACAUAUCGAGAGGAGAUAUCUCAAACCGCCUUUGGUACAAAGGUAUGCUAGUACCGCGGAGGCCACACUGAACGCGUUGCAACAAGGCGAGCACGGGAAUUCCGCUUCUUCACCGCAAAACGCCGACGGACAGAGUGAACCCAAAGAGACGAAGGGCAUCGCCCGCGGGCUGGCGACGUGGCGCGAGGCUCUGUCCCGCUGCCGCACGUCCGCGCAGCUCGCCAUGCUGCUGCACGCGCUCGAGGCGCACGUCGCCUGGGACAAGAGCAUCAUGAAGGCGAACUGCCAAUUCUGCCAACGCGGCGACGAUGAAGAGCAGUUGUUACUUUGCGACGGCUGCGAUAAGGGGUACCACUUGUACUGCUUCAAACCCAGGAUGGACAAAAUACCCGAAGGCGAUUGGUACUGCUGGGAGUGCGUGAACAAGGCGCGCGGCGAGCGCGUGUGCAUCGUGUGCGGCGGCGCGUGCGCGGGGAAGACCAUCCCCUGUGCGCUGUGCCACCGCGCCUACCACCAGGACUGCCACUACCCGCCGCUGGGGAAGAACCCCCGUGGCAAAUGGUACUGCUCUCAGUGCAUAUCUCGUGCGCCGCCCAAGAAGCCGCGGAACACUAAGAAACGGGAGAGCAAGCACAAAGACAACAGUAUGGACGUCGACCAGAAUAUGGUGCCCAGCCCGGCGCCCUCUCACGCGUCCACGUCGACGACGGCGGAGGAGGGCCCCGCGAGCGCGCUGCACACGCCCGAGAAGCCCGACGAGCGCGCCGACGACGAGAACGGGCUCGACCACCCCGCCGCCCCGCCCCCCGACUUCUCCACGGAGGAGCCGCCGGAGAAGCGCCGCGCGCUCUACGUCGGCGGGAACGGCGCCUUGCAACACGAGGACGAACGGAUGGACGGCGAGGAUCCAGACACCGAAAAUGUACCUUUACUAUCACGAGCGAAGAAGGACAAGAAUUCAGCGAAGAAAGUGCUGCAGAAAGAAAUGCAGAUAUGCAAGAACUUACUCUGCGAAAUGGAGUGCCACGAACACGCUUGGCCGUUCCUCAUCCCCGUGAACACGAAGCAGUUCCCGCAGUACAAGAAGGUUAUAAAGUGCCCCAUGGAUCUGUCUACCAUCAAGAGGAAACUGCAGGAAAGCAAUUACAAAUGCAAAGAGGAGUUCGCGUCUGACGUUCGCCUGGUAUUCAGCAAUUGUGAAGUCUUUAACGACGACGAUAGUCCCGUGGGAAGAGCCGGGCACACCAUGAGGCAGUUCUUCGAGGAGCGGUGGGCGCAGCAGUGAACUGACGGAACGGACUGACGGGACUGAUGCAAGUUUGAUGGGAGACGGAAAGGUUUGGAGCUGUUUGAUGGAAGAUUUACGGGUUCGAUGGUGAAUUGAUGGGUUAUAGACGUUGUGAGUGGUGAAUAUAUUCUGACAGGAUCGCCCUGUAAUACACGAUACGAUUUCUAUGUAAAUUUGGUCUCUCAUAAAACACCUUUUUAUGAAGGAUUACUUAGGUACCUUAUUGUAUAAAUAAAACAAUUCAUUGUUAAAUAAAUAUUUUGGCAAUCUUGGAUAACUUCUUGGACAUGAGGAAAGUUACUAUGAUAUUUAUUAUGUUUAAUUUUAUGGUAUAUGUUUCAUUGACCUUCGAAAAUUAUAAGUAGACAUUUUCAUUAAAAAUCCGUUCAUGAUAUAAAAAAAUGUGAUCUAUGUCAAAAUUGAAUUAAUAUGGUAGCUAACUAGUCAACCGCUGAACAUUUUUAUUUAUUAAUUUAAGUGCGAAUAAAAUAUAUCUGCAUGCAAAUCUAUCGUAAAAUAGACCUUAUUACAAAUCAAUAAAGGUCAAAUUACAUUGUAAUUCAAAGAAUUCUUUUAUCUUUUGAAAUUAUAAAAUGAAAAAGAUUUAAAUAUUUAACUGGCAAUAUUUCACAUGACAAAGAAUGAUUUAUGAACCUAGACUGAAGAUUGUACAAUGAAAAUAUAACUAUCUCUUUCACAUUAAAUGUUGUUUGAAAGAGAUAGGUAUAUCUUUUUAUAUUGAUUUGGUGUUGUGAUAUACUAAGUGGCUAGUUGUGAAAAAGUGCUUGGAUCUAGUAUAUACUUGGAUAAUACAAUUUUUGUUGGAAUUCCGAUUUCACGCUUAUUAAUUUAUUAAGUUUAUUAUUUCGCCGUCUUAUUAACAAUUAAACUACGUACUAAUAAGAUAACCAGAUUUCUCUUUUUAAACUUUAACAUUACAGACCUGCUGAAAGUCCCAGCUACAUUUUUUUAAACCAGUGCACUCUAUGUAUUCCUUAUUCAAAGUAUUUUAUACAUUCCAAUUUUGGAUUUACCGCCUCCCGGGCGACGCAUCGGAUGUGAAAAUAUAAUGUAAAAAAGAUCGAAUCUCAUCUUCGGGCAUCUUUUUGUAUGAAAAUGUGAGCGCACACAAAUGGACAUGUAUUAAAUGUUAGGCUGUAUAUAAUUAGUUCUAGUACAGUUUAAAAAAAAGUAUUAGGAAUCUAUUCUAAGCAUAGAAAUAGUAGAUAUAUGUCGAUUUCGAAUAUUAUUUUUAUAAUAAUUUGCGUGUAGCAACGAAACAGUAUUUUUUAAAAAAUAACGGUCGAUUACUCCUCGCGUUUAUUUGAAAUUCGAAUUUGGUGGCCAGUUUUUAGUCGGUAUUGUACAUUUAAUUGGGUGUGUAAAGCAAAUUAGACGCGAGAUCAUUGUAGUUAUUAUAGUGAGAGGUAGGCAGGCCUUUUGGAUAAUGAUCUGAAUCGGCCUUAGGAUAAUGAGCACAGUACUUGACUGUGACUAAAUAUAUUUUGAAUAGGCUUCUCUCGACUGCGUUCGGUUAAGAACGGAGAUACAAAUCCUGUAUAUUUCUUUAUACCAUGUUGGUAUAUACCCCAAAUUUAUUUUACCCCUUUGGGAAACGCCUAUCCAUCUGUGUAUUUUAAUUAUUAUAAUAUAUAAAAUAAUAUAACUGGGCUCUUGCUAAUGAGAUAGUUCUUCGUUUAUAUUUGAUUCGUUUUUUUUUUAUUGAUAUUAAUAUUUAAUUUUUUUAAUUGCUGAAAUUUUAUUAACGUUACAUAGAAAUGUUGAUAUUUCUGCAUGCAUUGAAUGCAGAUAAAAUUUUUGUAAUUGAAGUAAAUAUCAAUGAAAGAAUUAUAAUUCGCUGGCAUUUUAUAUUUUUAAUAAUUACAUAAACAUUUUAUUAGCAAGAGCCGUCAUAGGAGAUGUCAUGACUUAGUCGACAUAGUUUUGGAAAAUUGUAAAUUAAUAAUGAAUGGUGGCGAAUGUCUGAACAUCUGAUUACCUUUGCGCAUAAAUAAAAAAAACACAAAUCAGAA